AUUGACCAAUCAAAACGCAGCAGGCAACGUGCGUAGUCUGACGCGGACAAAACAUCCACCGUGCUUGUGCAUAUGAAGAAUUUUUGAGGUUAGAUUGUCUCAGCUUGUUGUUAAGUGAUAACAGUACUGUUUUUAAUUUUUGACAAAAUUAAAUUCUGGCGGACUUGAGACGAGGAAAUAAUGUCGGCUGCAAAGCCCGAGGUGAAGAAUUGGAAAGAGUAUAAUCGCAAGCGAAAGGAGCUUCGAAAGCAAUGGAGGGAGGAGCAACUCGUGAAGAAGGCCAAGAAAGAAGAAGAAAGGCAAGAAGAAGAAGAAGGGAAAAAGCCGGCUUGUGAAGUGAAGGAGCACGUGGAGACCGAGAGGUACGAGCGUCGAGAUGUCUGCACUAUAAGUAUAGCGGUGCCAGGGUCAAUCCUCGACAAUGCUCAGUCUCCGGCACUGCGGACAUACUUAGCGGGACAGAUUGCACGUGCAGCGUGCAUCUACAAAGUGGACGAGGUUAUCGUGUUUGACGACCAGGGCGACAUCACGGAGGACGAGAAGAAGAAGAUCAGGAAAGGUGACGCGCUGGGUGAGAACAGGCCCGGAUGCCUACAAUUGGCCAGGAUAUUGCAGUACUUGGAGUGCCCGCAAUAUCUGAGAAAGUACCUCUUCCCUAUUCACAAGGACUUGCAGUAUGCAGGUGUACUGAAUCCCUUGGAUGCGCCGCAUCAUCUGAGACAAGCGGAUGUAUCUCUGUAUCGAGAAGGUGUGGUUACUAACAAACCCAUAAAGGCUGGCAAGGGUUCUCAGGUAAACGUGGGACUCGCAAAUGAUGUUCAUGUAGACAAGGUGUUGCUCUCUGGAGUAAGGGUGACAGUGAAAAUACCGACGGAACAGCCGAAUCCAAAGAAAUUGAAAGGUAUUAUUGUACCACCAAAUGUACCGCGUGUAGAGAAUGACAUCUAUUGGGGAUACACUGUCAGAUUAGUUAAAAAUCUAACGGAAGUACUGACAAAAUGUCCAUACAAGGGAGGAUAUGACUUGACGAUCGGCACUUCCGAUAAAGGAACAUCGAUUGAUGAAAUAGAAGCAAGAAGCUUGGAAUAUCAUCACUGUCUUAUCGUAUUUGGAGGCUUGGCAGGAUUGGAAAUUGCUGUGGAAAUGGACCAGACUUUGGAUGUCGAUGAUCCAUCCUUGAUAUUUCAUAAAUAUGUCAACACCUGUCCUCAGCAAGGAUCUCGGAUAAUCAGAACAGAAGAAGCGAUUCUUUUGACUCUAGCUGAGUUAAGGACUAAACUACUGCCUAAAGAAAUUAUUCCUUAAUAAAAUAAGUGUCAUCGUCUUAAGAAUA